AUGCCCAGUUAUGUCAAGUUCUUGAAAGAUAUCCUCUCCAAAAGGAGAAAGCUAAGUGAGUUUGAAACUGUCUCCUUUACAGAAGAGUGUAGUGCAAUUCUCCAAAAUAAACUGCCACCAAAACUCAAAGAUCUAGGUAGUUUCACAAUCCCUUGCACAAUUGGUAAUUUAUUUUAUACAAAAGCUUCAAGUGAUUUAAGUGCAAGUAUCAAUUUAAUGCCUUGGUCAAUUUUUGAGAAACUUGGUUUGGGGGAAUGCAAACCCACUUCUGUUACUUUGCAAUUGGCUAAUCAUUCUUAUGUGUACCCAAAGGAAAUUAUUGAAGAUGUUCUUGUCAAGGUAGAUAAAUUUAUUUUUCCAGUUGAUAUUAUAAUUCUUGACAUGGAAGAAGAUAGGCAAAUUCUAGUCAUUCUUGGGAGGCCAUUCUUAGCAACUGCUAGAGCUUUGAUUGAUGUUGGAAAAGGUGAGCUCACUUUGAGAGUUCAAGACCAACAAGUAACAUUUAAUAUUUUAAACGCUUUAAAAUUGCCUGUGACAUCUGAAGACUAUUUUUUUGUGAGUGUGGUAAAUAACUUUACAAAUGAUGUUUUCUUAGAAGAAAAUCCCAAUGAUCCUCUUGAAGCAUGUUUAGUUGCUAACUCUGAUAGGGAUGAUGAUGAGUUUAUUGAAUAUUCAAAUUUGUUGAAUGCUCACUCCAAAUUUAAAACUAAUCAUCAAUUUGAGUCUUUAGAUAUUUUAGCUUCUUUGGUGCCAGCUUCUAAGCCCUCCAUUGAGGAACCACCUACUUUGGAACUCAAACUUCUGCCUGCACACUUGAGAUAUGCUUUUCUUGGAAAAUCUUCUACUCUUCUAGUUAUUAUUUCUACUGCUCCUACUAACAUGCAAGAGUUGAAGUUAUUGAGGACACUUAGAGAAUUCAAGAAAGCAAAAGGGUGGACCAUAGCUGAUAUUAAGGGAAUUAGCCUUUCUGUUUGUAUGCACAAAAUUCUCCUUGAGGAAAAUCAUAAAGCCACAAUUGAAUAG